UUAGUUUUUACUUGGUCAUAAGCUAACGGGUCAUUGUUUUUGAAGUUAACUUUUUGUUUUUCUGCCACUUACUGAUAUUGGGUUGUUGUUAAUUUUCCCAGUUUUGGUUCUCUUUAGCCAGAGUUAUGUGACGUAUGGAUUUUUAUGGUGUUUUGGUGAAGAUACAGAUGAAAAACCUAUUUUAGUGUAGACUGUAAUUUUCACUGUUCAAUCAAGUCAACAUGACUCCUGUGAUCCCAUAUUCUGUUAGCAACAUUACAUUCAUCCCUGGAGCUGCCUGUACAGUAAGGAAGAACACUAGUUUGACAAGAUGCAGUUCAUCAAGGAAACACACGAGAUAUGCUUUACCCUCUCAGAGAUUCAUCCUACCUCUAUCAACCUCUGUUACUUCAUUUGGAAAAUACGGAACAGGGUAUGCCUUACAUGGAAAACUGGGAAUUUGUUUAUCAACCGCAGGGACUGAUGUGGCAGUGGAGGAAUCCGAUUCUUCUGUGACAAAAGUUUCCAGUGGAGGAUCCGAAAUACCUUCAGAUGCCGUUGAAACAAGUGAAGAUUCGACUAGCCAACCAGAUUCUACUCCUCCAACUCAAUCAAAACGAGCAAGACCUGUUAGGAAAAGUGAGAUGCCACCUGUAAAGAAUGAGGAGCUUAUUCCUGGUGCAAUGUUUACUGGGAAAGUACGAUCAAUCCAACCAUUUGGUGCUUUUGUUGAUUUUGGAGCUUUCACAGAUGGACUGGUGCAUGUUUCCAGGUUGAGCAACAGCUUUGUUAAGGAUGUUGCAAGUGUUGUUUCUGUUGGACAAGAGGUGCAGGUGAGGUUAGUUGAAGUAAACACUGAGAAUGGGAGGAUAUCUCUUUCCAUGCGUGAAAAUGAUGAUGCUAGUAAGCGCCAGCCACGGAAAGAUGGUCCUGCCAGUACUGAUAAGGCAAGGCCUUCCAGGAAGAAUGCUUCAAAGUCCAGCUCAAAAAAAGAUUUCAAAAGCUCAAAAUUCGUCAAGGGACAAGAACUAGAUGGCACGGUAAAGAAUUUAACUAGGUCUGGUGCUUUCAUAUCUCUCCCCGAGGGGGAAGAAGGAUUCUUGCCCCAAUCAGAAGAAGCUGAUGACGGACUUAUGAGCAUGAUGGGGAACUCAUCACUGCAAAUUGGCCAAGAAGUCAAAGUUCGUGUGCUGCGCAUCACAAGGGGACAGGUAACCUUGACAAUGAAGAAAGAAGAGGAUGAUGACAAAUUGGACUCACAGCUUAGCCAAGGUGUGGUGUACACUGCAACAAAUCCCUUUAUGCUGGCUUUCCGUAAGAAUAAGGAGAUUGCUGCAUUUUUGGAUCAGAGAGAAAGGGCAGAGAAAGUAGAGGUUCAACCGGCAGCUAAUGUGGAGACAACCACUGUCUCUACUGAAGUGGAUGAAACAGUGGUACAGGAAACAGAUACAAUAGCUGAGAUUGUGAACAAGGAUGAGGAAACUGCAGAGAAGGAAAUAGAUGACAGUUUUGAAGCGUUGUCUCCUGAACGUAGUGGACAAGUUCCUUUGGCGGAUGUGGUGGAAAGUGAUCAAAUAGCUGGAUCAUCUGGAGAAGUAGUUGACCAAGUGACUUCCGAAAAUUCAGUUGAUGAAGAGUCUACACAAAAAGAUGUAGUACAAGAGGAAGCUCCCCUAGCUGAGGAUGAAACAUCGGUUGCUGCAUCAGUUCAGGAGGAACAAAUCGGAAGUAUUCCCGAAGAGCAGGUAGAAACACCUCUAGCUGAGGAUAAAACUCCCUCUGCUUCAUCUGUUCAAGAAGAAGAAAUUGGAGCUGUUCCGGAUGAAAAUGGCAAUGUUGCCAGUUCAGUUGUACAACCAGAUGUUACUGAUCCCAAAGAUGCCGAAGUGGAAAACGAGGCAGGUCCUGAUCCACCUCAAGAAUCAGCUGAUGAUCAGAUUAAGUCUUCAGGAAGUGAAGCAGUUGAAGAAGUAGAAAAUCAACCCGAGGAUACCAAGGAUGAAGUGCAAAUAGAGACACCAGUUUCUAAGGAUGAAAUUCCUUCUACUUCUGAAGUUGAAGAAGCAGACUCUGCACCUCAAAAGAACGACGAGGUUACUGAUUCAAAUGGCUCUAUGUCCAAGGAAAAUGUGACUACAGCAACUAUAUCACCGGCUCUAGUAAAGCAGCUCCGUGAAGAAACUGGAGCAGGAAUGAUGGAUUGCAAGAAAGCACUCGCAGAGACUGGUGGGGAUAUUGUUAAAGCUCAGGAGUUUCUCCGCAAGAAAGGCUUGGCAAGUGCGGAAAAAAAAUCCAGUCGAGUCACUGCUGAAGGAAGAAUAGGUUCUUACAUUCACGAUAGCAGGAUUGGUGUCCUAGUAGAGGUUAACUGCGAGACAGAUUUUGUCUCACGGGGUGACAUUUUUAAGGAGCUUGUUGAUGAUCUAGCCAUGCAAGUUGCUGCUUGCCCUCAAGUACAAUAUCUUGUUCCAGAAGAUGUUCCUGAGGAGAUUGUAAACAAAGAAAGAGAAAUAGAGAUGCAAAAGGAAGAUCUCUUAUCUAAACCAGAACAUAUUAGAUCAAAGAUUGUUGAAGGACGGAUACAGAAGAGAAUUGACGAGUUGGCUUUACUUGAGCAACCCUACAUUAAGAAUGACAAGAUGGUGGUGAAAGAUUGGGUAAAGCAGACUAUUGCAACCAUUGGAGAGAACAUAAAAGUGAAAAGAUUUGUGAGGUUCAAUCUUGGAGAGGGGCUGGAGAAGAAAAGUCAGGAUUUUGCUGCUGAAGUGGCUGCCCAAACUGCUGCAAAACCCAUUUCUUCCGCUGGAAAAGAGCAAUCGACUUCAGUGGAAGUCAAGGAAACUGAUGAGAAACCAAAAGCAGCUGUCUCCGCCGCACUUGUUAAACAACUACGUGAAGAAACAGGAGCCGGGAUGAUGGACUGCAAGAAAGCUCUGUCUGAAACCGGAGGUGAUCUUGAGAAGGCUCAGGAAUACCUUAGAAAGAAGGGCCUAUCAACUGCUGACAAGAAAUCCAGCCGGCUCGCUGCUGAAGGCAGAAUUGGUUCCUACAUUCAUGACUCGAGGAUUGGUGUACUAAUUGAAGUCAACUGUGAGACCGACUUUGUUGGUAGAAGUGAAAAGUUCAAGGAGUUGGUUGAUGUCCUAGCAAUGCAAGUUGUGGCCAGUCCACAAGUGCAGUUUGUAUCCAUUGAAGACAUUCCGGAGAGUAUCGUGAGUAAAGAAAAAGAGCUGGAGAUGCAAAGAGAUGAUCUCGCAUCUAAACCAGAGAACAUUAGAGAGAAGAUAGUGGAAGGCAGAGUUUCAAAGAGGCUUGGAGAGCUUGCCCUUUUGGAACAGCCCUUCAUUAAGGAUGACAGUCUGUUGGUUAAAGACUUGGUAAAGCAAACUGUUGCAGCACUUGGAGAGAACAUAAAAGUCCGAAGGUUUGUUCGAUUUACACUUGGAGAGACAACUGAAGAUACCAAAACAGGAACUGAAGCAUGAGAAAAGGAGCUUCCAUUGGCAUCCAGUGGGAGUAAUGGAGGUAGGAACUAAUUUUGGACGAGAGAAUAACUUGAUUCUUUUUUGUAGUGGCCUUCAUUGUAUGCUUUAAUUGGCCCUUAAAGCUUACUGUUUGAUCUUGUAAGUUGAGAACUGUUUCUUCAGUUUAUUUGUGCAAAAUGGAAAUACUGAGAUAAGCGAGGAAUUAUUAAAUUAGCUAAAAA